UCUUCAAUUGAGUUAUCUUUAAGGAAUAAUAAAUAACAUAAUAAUCCAUUUACAAUUAUUCUGUUCAAGUUUUGAGAAUUUGUUUACUUUAAAUAAUUUCGAAUAGUGUCAGAGUGUUCUAACCUGAAGCUGAAUUCGAUAUAACCUGUUGAGAAUUUAAUAAUUAUUGAUACAUGCAAUUAAAUUGCAUCAUUUAAAGCUAAUUAGUUAUCAAUUUCUGGAUGUUUGAUCUCUUGUUCUCCUGUAUGAUUUUCAACUGUAUGUAUGUCAGCGAUAGCCAACUAGUGAAUGCAUAAACAAGGAAUAUGCAUACGCAAUGGGGUCCAACCCUCCUUCAGUGGUUUUUCUAGACCUUCGUAAUGAAGAUGGAACCUAUGGAGAUGAUGGUGCUGGAAUUGUUGCAACACCACCGACACCAGUCACUCCGAUCGCGGGGGUGUCAACAACGAGGGGUGGUGAGAGGGGUACACGGUCAGUCAGGGGUGCUUCAAGACCCCAUCCCCGGAGGGGUGAUUCCAGUCGCAGACGUCUUUUCGCCACUCCAGUCGGGAGUCACAUAGGUGAAGACACAGCGGGGGCGGCAUGUGACGGUGUUGGAGAAUCUCAGCCCCAACCAUCUUCAUCAGGUGAACAGCGUGUGCUGGCAGCUCGUCAUCUAUGCCCCAAGUGCCCAAAAACCUUUGGCUCACCUGGUAAGCUUAGUCAGCACAUGUAUUCCCACACUGGUGAGCGACCCUUCGCUUGUCAAUUUUGUCCCAAAGCCUUCUCAUCAAAAUUUAAGCUUGUUCGCCAUAUGCUUAUCCAUUCUGACCAACGCCAGUACACUUGCCAAAUGUGCGAACGCACAUUCCACCGAAAGGACCACCUCAAGAACCAUGCUAAGGUACACGACCCUAUCAAAAGCAUCUACACAUGCAAUCGACCUGGUUGUGGUAAGCAAUAUUCGUCGUUAUUGAGCUUCAGGAAACAUACUGCCGUUCAUGCUGCUGAAGAUGGAAACCUUGAAUGUACCAUGUGUGGCCAAAAGUUCGCCAGCAAGGAGGAAAUAGUAUUCCAUCUGAAGGUUCAUGCUGGGUCGCGCACAGUCAAAACCGCCGAAGAUCGUAAAUAUCACUGCGAUCACUGCGAUCGAUCGUUUUUCACCGGUAAAGAUGUCAGGCGACACAUGGUAGUUCACACAGGCAAAAGGGACUUUCUUUGUCAAUUUUGUCCUCAACGCUUUGGAAGGAAAGACCAUCUUGUCAGACACAUCAAAAAGAGUCAUAGUUCACCUGGUAAAAAGGUCAAAACAAAGCGGGCCGAAGCAAAAACUAAGACUGUUGAUAGUAUACUGGUUGAAACAGGACGAUCCAAAAUUCAACCGCAAUUGAAACCUUCUUCAUCGUCAAAACCAUCUGCCACAAUAACUUCGGGAGAAUUGUAUAGUAAUGUAUCUCAGGAAGCUAAUUUGAUGUCCGAGUUUGAAGAACCAAAAGAUUCCAAGUCAGAUAUAUUUCGGAGUCAUCUUUCUGGAGAACAUGGUUGUGUUGCUCCAAUGACUGUAGUCGAGAUAUCCGCUUCAUCAUCAGUCAUGUCUAAUCUGCUAUCUCCAAGUAUGAGUAGCUCUGAGAUGUCGAAUCUAGUGUAUGAGAGUGAACAUGUGUAUAGUGAGGGACAGUAUCCGAUUGAUGAUAACAACGAAUCAUCAACCGCCAUUCUCAGAACGGUAGAUGCGCAUCAGUUUGAUCAACCCGCUGCUUCAUCAUCGUCAUCCCCCUCCUAUUCUGCCAUGAUAGACUCAUUCGGUCUGGAGCUGAAGCCCGGAGAUUUAGAAGAUUUGAAGCCUGAAGACAUCGCUCCGAUGUCUGAAAAUCCCACCUCACACCAACAAUCAACCAUGGAAAGAAAUCUAUCGAUCGAUGAUUUACCUUUGAUUAUACCGAUUCUACCUCAGGAGGAGCAUCUCCAAUUGCAGGCCGCCACUCGACAUUUUUUGGCGACUGAUGAGACCAGCCACCUCUCUCGGCACAUCAUCAGCCUGACUGCUCCAGCGGCCACGCAGCAAUUACUAGAGCUUCCGCACUACAACAUUUCUGCCACUCAAGAAAGUGUAAGUCAAGUCCAAGACACCACCCCCACCCCCACCCCACUACCUCGAUUCAACCAAGCCUUUCAACAUCAGCCUCCUCCUCCAAAAUAAUCAAUUAACUUACUGCACCUCACAGUCUGAGUGGCCUAAGAUCACGGUUCAUCAUCUUUAUAGCUGAAUGACUAAAUUUGUUCAUUUGAUCGUUUGAAUGAAGGUGAGAAGUUGUCACUUCAACAAGUACUUUAUUCAAUCCAAAUGUGUCUUGAUGCACUCAAGGUAUCACCUUCAGUGGGUUUUUUUUUGGGUUGAACUGAGGAAUGGAUGAAGUAGAAAGGACAUUCUGGUUGAUCAACUUCACGUGUGACAACACAAUAUAUAGAAACUUGAUCUCAUGUUAUUCUACUGAUGAAUAAAUUGUGUUAUUCCACCACUGAUGCCUUGAGUGCAUUGAAACUAGUUUGGAUGAAUAAACUACAAGUGAAAGUGACAACAUCUUCUCAUUCCACCUUAAUAUGGAGAAAUUGCACAACAUAUCAGUAUCUAGUGUAAAUUUCAUUCAGAAUUAUUGAAAACCUGAAAAUUUAUGACAUUGCCACUCAGGCUCUGAGGUAUAUCUUAUUAAUAUCGUUAACUAAGGUUACCAAAAGUAAUAUCCUUGUAACAGAUCAAAGGGUAUUUAUGUAAAAAUGUAUUUUUCCAUUUAUGGAAAAUUAUCUAUUAUAACUUUGAAAAUUGUAAAUAUUUUAUACCGAUUUUAAUACAUUGACCAAAUAAGUACACAAUCAAUGAAUCUAGCGCUUACCAAAUAUUGACAAUAAGAUUCGAAUAAGUCUGAUCCAUUGAAAUAAUGAAAUGAAGCCUUGUUUUCCAAGCAUUGUAUCAUUUUCCGAAUAACCAAAAAGCAUCUUAUUAUAAUUGAGUUUAAUUUGUAGAUUAUAAAAUUAUGUUCUAAUGUGUAGCUAAGGUGUUAGACUAGAUUGUAUUACCAUUCUAGUUACCAUAAUUCUUUAUGAAUGUUAUUCAUCGAAUUUUUUGUACAUAAAUCUAUCCAUGAACCUACAUUGACAUUGCACUACCUCUAAAGCUCUAAUAGGUUUUAUGAUAUUAUUAAUGCACGGAUAAUAAUUAUUUAUUAAUUAUUAUAUAUUUAUAAAAAUAAUAAUUUUUGAAACUAAAGCUGAACGAAACGAUGAUGCGAACAUGUAAGGUUUGAGUGUAUGUAAACUGUAAAUAAUUAUAAUCAAUCUAUUUACAUCAAUCACUUUACAAAUUGAAAUAAUUUAAAUAUAACGUUGGGGACGGUAAACGAAAAAGAGAGCAUCGUUUUGUCGAUUCUGUGAUGUGACUGUGAACUGUGAUUCUGAGAUGGCUGUUCAGAGUCACAUCAACAAUCAACAACAUUAUAGGCCUACUCCCUUUUUCGUCACCGUUUCCACCGUUAUAUCAGCUCAGCAGUACACCGUGUCUAGUUAAUCUUAUCUUUCCGAUAGCUUGAUAUUGUAAUUUUGUUUAUUAUUUAUUAGUUGUAUGACCUAGCAAUUCUCGGAUGAUAAUAUAUAAUAUAUUCUUGUAAAUUGAUUCUCAUUGCGAUGUAAGUGAUCUUAUAGCCUAAACCAUUUCUAAGUAUGAAUUUUUGUGCACUAGAUGUGAAGUAAAUAAUUACUGAAUUGAAAUAUUUUUAUUAUUACAAUUUGUUUGUGGAGUGAUUGAUGCAAAUAGAUUGGUUAUAAUUAUCUUACAAUUCACAUGUACCCAAACCUUCAUGUUCGCAUCAUCAGCUUUAGUUGAAAAAACUCACAACAGACAUCACAAUUGUUGCCUUGAAAUUAUAAAAUUGACGUCCUAGUCAAAUAAUGAAACUCAAUCAAGCCUGAACUAUAACCACACAUUAAAUCAUUAUACUUCACUGAUCGGUUGUAUCCAAGUGCUUCAUUAUUCUUAUUGCGAUUAUUCAUUAUUGAUGUAAAUAUAUUUUCUGGCAACGAAAUAAUUUUUUCAUAGAUGUAAUGAUACUAAUUUAUGAUAAGAUCUAAUGUUGAAAAUUAUCCGACCGGAAUCCAACAGCCUUUUAUUCUAUCUUGAAUUAAUAUUGAGUCAGUUAUAUUAUUAUUGAACCAAUAUUCAGUUAAAAUUAUUAAAUUAUUAUUGUAUGUGUAACUAGCAUUAUGCUUUAGAAUUUAAAUGCUUUUACUUUAACAGGAAGUGUUUUUCAUCGCCUAGAAACGGAGUCGAACAGUUCAUGCACACUCUGUACUAUGGCUUGUAUUUUAAAUAGCCUACAGUUUUUCCUUCAUUCACUUUUCCUUAUAGCGCUACUACAAAUGUUAGAAUUAAAUAGAAAUUCUCAAGUACCCUUUGAAAUGCUUUAUUGGUUCAUCACGAAUAAUUGAACUAUUUAUAGCCAUUCUCAAGUAGAAAUAAAAAAUAACUAAACCAUAUUGAUUUGAUACUAUUUUAUUUUAAUAUUGAUAUGAUUUAGUUUUCUAAAAUCUUAUUGAUCAUGUCAAAUUGGAUUACGUUAAUUUAUUUAUUAAUUUUCCUGCUCUAUAGAUAUGUAAUCCUUCUUUCACAUGUAGUCUUCGGCUUUCAAUUCCAUAAUUUGAUAUUCUCCUGUUAUAAUUUUUAUCGAUAUAAUUAUAAUUUAUUUCUAUAAAAUAUUCAGCAAAAGCUGGUUUUUGUAUUGUAGUCUAUUCCUUGCUUAGUAUUCCAUACAUAAAUGUAAGUACCCUAAGGGUUUCUUCACAAAGUUUUUUCAUUACCCUGUUCUGUAAUUUUAUUGAUUAUUUAAUUGGUUGCCACUAAUGACAACUAUUGAUAACUAGUAGCAUAUAUAUUGAUGUAAAAAAUAUCGAUUAUUUUCAGACUGAAGCUUGCUUGGGGUCCAUUCCUAGCCAGACAGUAUGUAAUUAUUCCACUCAUUGCAUAUAUAAUCUGCAAUUCUAAUCAUUAUAGUAUUAAAAAUAAAUAUUAGUUGCAGUGUAAAUCAGUCAAAACAUAGACAAUUAUGUUGAAAAAAAUAUUGAAAUAAAAUAAAAAUCGACCAAUGUUUGCUAUUUUCUGUAUCAAGGAAUUCAACACAAAAGUCAGUUUCAUUGAAUAUUCUAUAGAAUUAAAUCAAUGAAUUAUAACAUGAGAAUAUUAAACCAUGGACAUAAAAGUGGAAGACUUGAUGUAAAAUAAGAAUUACAUAUGUUUAUAGAGCAGAAAAAUUGAAUAUAUUGAAUAAUUUGAUAAACAAAAUUCAUUUUGUCAUGAAGAACCCAAUUUACAAAAACAUUUUGCAGCAGACUGAAACCUUAAUCAUAAAUGGAUAAUCAGUCACUACUAACUUAUUAAUUAACAUAAAAUAGUAUUAAUUAAUGUUAUUUAUUUCAUUUCAUUCCCACGUGAAAAUGGCUAUAAAUAGUUGAAACAUGUGGCGAAUUAAUAAAACAUUUCAAAAGGGUACUUGAGAAUUUCCAUUUCAUUCUAACAGCAUUUUCUUUAUUCAAGUACCGUAUAGAUGACUGAUAACUAUUAUUCCUUAACAACGAGAUCUACUGUAAAUUUGGAAACAGUUUAGUUGAGCUGAUGAAAAAUUGAAAUUUUAUAUGUUAUGGACGAUUUUUCGUGUAUUGUGGCACUGUUCUUGCAUAAAAUUCAGCAUUCUACCACAGCUAUUCAAAUUAAUAUAGAAAAUGCCUUUUCAUAUAUUUUUUUAAUUUCUCGAUAUCAUCAUAUCAAAAAUGUAACUUAUUACAUAGAAAGUAAAUGAAACCUACUGUUUAGUGCAAUGUCUUUGUAGUAAGUAAAAUCAAUUAUACGUUUGAAUUGUCAUCAGUUUCUGUAAAGAUAAAACUAUUAAAAAUGUUAAAAACAUUUUUAAUCAUUUGAUUCAUCAUCGAAACCAUUCCAAAAUAUGUUUAUAUUUUUCUAUUUUAUUUUCAGCGCUAGUUUUGAAAAAAUCUAGAAUUAUGGCAUGGUAUAUCAUCGAGCUUGAUGUAAUCGUGAAGUGUUCUUAUUCGGCGUAAACUCUUUAUUAUGGUGAUCCCAUGUAUAAUAAUGCUGUUUUAUUUAAUUAGUGGAUAAUCUUUAAUCAUAAUGUGAUAUCAUUUUACAUAUACUGAAAACUGUUAACACUGGAAAUGUCAUCAUUCAUAACUUAUUACAAGUUAUAAAUUAUACUACAUAAUGCUACAUGAAUGCUACAAUAAACAAAAUCAUUCAUAACUUUCACCACUAGUGCUCUGAAUAUUUUUGAAUGGAUGUUAAGGCUGCUACAUUUCUGUUCAAUUUUGAUGUAUCUUCAUAAUAUUGCACUCACCAUGUUACUGAAUUAAGAUCAAUCUUAAUUUCUCAUAGGUAAUAUGAACACAAAUCACUAAACUAAUUAUAUGUAUCAGUUUUCUGUGGCUUUAAGCAGUUAUGAUCUAUUUUAGUAAUAUUUCUUAUUCUUAUAUUUAUAUUAAAUAUAUUAUGUACCUAUAUAUAUAUUGAAAGAAAAUUUCAUCUACCUCAUAGCUGUAAGCUCAUGUACUAAGUUCUGAUAUCGUAGUUUAAUAAUCGAAUUAGUAAUGCUUCUUUAUAUGUCGGAGUCAGACUUGCUAAUUCCAUUAUUUCUACGCUUAAUUCAGGUCUGGCUGUCAUAUGCCAAAAGUAUUCCCACUUUAACGCUACAUUAAUAUUGUGCAUAAAUUAUUAAAUAAUAUUUCAGUUUGUUGUACAUAGAACGGGUUUUGUUUCCUGAGUAUGCAGUACUUAUUCGUAGCGUUGUAAGUUGUCGAUGUGUCACUUUGUUAGAAUAAGAACUAAUAUUUUUGAGGAUUGCAAUACAUUUUAUUGAAGUGCUGUUAUGUAGUGAUAAGAAUCUAAGAAGUUCGAGAAGGAUAUAUUUUUCUGAGUAUUUUUUCAUAUUGGCAGUGAAUUUUGAUAGAUUAUACUAGUUAGCUUUUUUAGAUCUAAAUCUAGUGGUACUCCCUCCAUAAUUGAUAUAACUGAUGUAGCUCAAGUUUUUCAUUGAACGGUGUUAGUUGUAGAAAUAUUCAAUAAUUCUCGGACUGCGAUAGUUUUAAUACUUUCUAGGUCUUGCCAACGUCCACGUUUCAGGCAUCACAUACCAAGUAUUAUUGUUGUUUCCCAGAGAAUAUAUAUUUUUCUGCCUGAGUUUCAAAACGAAAUAAAUUCACUUGUCGAGGCUGAAAAUGCACAAUUUUGUAAAGUAUUUCUCUUCAAAUUUAAAUAGUCUUCAGUAAUAGAGCAAACAUUCCUCAUAUUAUCACUCGGCAUAAAAUAUUUUACAUGUUAUAGAUUUUCUUCCCUCGCCUCACUUGAUGGAGUUAGUCUUGUUUGGCUCCAAGAUAAAGAAUUAUAAAUAGGUUAACGCUUUGAUAAAAGUAAUGAAACUUGAGAUAUCUAGCAGAGAAACCAUUUUCAAAACAUUGAACUCUGUUUUCAAGACUCAACAUAACCUAGUUCUACAUCAGAAAUAUAAAAUAUAUUCCGAUAUUUAGAAGUUAGUUCUAUUAGUGUCGAAGUAAUCAAAAACAACAUUAAAAAUGUUUCUAGUUAUCUCUUUCAAAAUUUAUGAUUGGUUGCUUCUAAUAUUAAUUGUUUUGAUUCGUCUCUAGUUGUAAAUUUAAGCAUAAGUUUUUUUUUGUCAAAUUAUCCUCUUAUAAUACUGUUUACGUUAUUGAUUUUAUGAACUAGUGCAUUUCAGAAUUGAGUGAGAGGAAUGAUUUCUAUUAUUGGUAUUAUAAUUAUUUGAAUAGCUGUUCUCUGUUUGUUGAAGACCUGGGGAACAAAUAUAACACACUAGAAUUUAUUUUCUGUAUCAUCAUAACAUUAUGAAGUCAGAAUAAGAGUAUAAAAUACUUGAAAUAAUUCAUAACUGUCUCCUUGAAUUUUACUUACAUGAGUUGCAGGGAAAACAGUGAAUGAAUUAAAAAACAAAAACAUCUGUAGAAAUGUGUGAAUUUGUUUUUUAUUGGUUUCAAGGAAUUAAUCUAUCAAUAAUGGAAGUCCAUGAAUUAAACAAUCAUAAUUUAAAUUAGGAUUUGAUUAGUUGAGGUUGUGCACUUCCCUUAAGGAAACGUUCCACUGGUGACAUUUUUCAAAGUAUUUCGAAUCGGAUACUAUCAAGUUACCAAAAUGGAACAAAUAUCUUAGGAAAAACGUUUUUAUAAAUUUAAAUUUUUUGUAUAUGGGCGCCUAAAGUAGAAAACUGGGGGGGACCCAUUUCCAAAUUGGUAGCAAAUAAAUUCAUUCAAAUUUGAGGGUACAUUUUACAAAAAUAAACCAAUUUGAGUUAAUUUUAAAACUGAAUAAAUUCCGCUUGAAUUCCGAAGUCAUGAGAUAAACACUUAGAAGAGAUUUUUUCCUUGAAAUUCCAAAAAUUUAUUUGCUAACAAUUAGAAAAUUGAUCCCCCCCAAGAUUUCAACUUUAGAGGCUUAUAUCUUAAAGAUUAAAAAUGAUAAAAAAUGUUUUUUCUCAGAAAUUUGUUUCAUUUUGAUAAAUUUGUAGUACUGUACCUAAAUAGAAAUGCUUUUAAAAAUGACACCAGUAUAAAGUCUCAAAAAACGCGGCGCAGUGAAUAUUACAUAGAGACCUGUUACCUAUUACUGCCACCUGUUAAAAUUGUCAUUCAAUAAAUAAUAAUCAGUUCCAACUUAGUUAGUCUCAAUGACAAUAUCAUGUUCUUGAAAUGCACUUUGUGUUAUUAUAUUCCUUAUAAAUAUUAUUAUAUCGUUGAAAAUAUUUUUCAUGUUACUAUUCUAGGCUAAUCAUUGUUUUCAAGUUUUAGUAUACGUACUAUUGUUAACCCAAAAUUAUGUUUUAUUAAUUGAAAAUUUGAAGUCUCGUUCGAAACUGUUAUGAUUUAAUCGCUAUUCUUUUUUUAUUGAAUGUUUCAUAAUAAUACCAGUUUUAUAAAUUUAAUGCUUCUAUUGAAGUUUUAUUUCUACUUCUAUUGAAUGUUAAAUCCAAAAGGUGCUGCGAAUAAUGUAUGAAUUUGUUUUAAACCAAGACCAGAAAGUUUGUGGAAUAAGCUGUUAAUUCAUUUUACAUAUUUUUUUAUACGUGUUAUAUUAAAAAUUGCCAAAAAUGUUAUUCAAUUAAUCAAUUUUUUUGAACCAAAAAAUUAAUCAAUUAUUGCCAAAAGCUUUUUCAACUUUGUUCAUAAGUGAUUGAUAUUCAUCCACGAAGUUUCUUUUUUAAAUCGAUUCAUUAUGAGUUUUCUGUUAACAUUUUCAAUAUUAUUUUGAAAUUAUUCGAUAUUAUUUCUCAGAUAAUUGAAGGGUUUUAUUAAGUGCAAGCUCCAUUGUGUUAUAAAUGAAAACUCAACAUUUUGUUUUAUUUGAAUUUAAAAUAAUUCCAUUGAAAUUUCUUAGUUCCUAUAAAAUUGUUAUAUCACAAUACAUUCCUAAAUUUGUUGAUUUUUCUGUAUAAAAUUCAAUUUAAGUUCGAUUCUUCCAGCACUAACAUCCGAAUUCCAAGUUUUCUUUUUUAAAUAGCAUUACAAAUUAUUUGAUGCAAAUACAUUUAACAUCAAACAAAUUAGGUAUUGGUACAUAGAAAACCCUAUACCUUGUAAUUAUUGCGCAACUUUAUUAUAAUUUUCUGUUAAUGUAAUACCUAAAUAUAUUCGUGAGUCUUCACCGUCAAUUAGAAAGCAUGUAUUCAGUUAAGUGAGACUGUGAUAAGCAACUAGUGUUGCAAUAUAGUUUUGUUAAUGUUAAGUUAAGAUCGUUCGAUUUGGGAAAUACGGUAUUCGUUGUAAAAAGUAUUUCGAGUGUAGCUAAUUUUACAGACUGGCCAAGAUGAAUUAGGUCUUAUUAUUUUUUGAGAAUAGUAGUAAAAUUAUAGAUGGAAUAUAUUAACCUUAACAAAAGAUCAAACCUUGUUUCACAUGUUUUUUUUUAAUAACUGUUCAUACUUAGAAAUCACUCAAUAAAAUUAUGUUGGUGGCUAAAUAUUGCAGAACUAAUCAAAAUUUAAAUAAUCAAUCUGUAAGAACUAAUGCGAUAUUUAAUACAAUUUCAGUUGAAUUCAAAAUUCUAUUACAUGAUUUGAUUUUAUAAUAAGUUAACCGCUUCAAUUUUCUUUGUAUAUUUAUAAUGCCAAUAGUAGCCAUAAUUUUCGAUUAUUUCUGCUCUGCUAGGCAGAAAAAAUGGAAGUGUACACACAAUUGCAAACCGAACUCUUCCAUAAGAACCAAUACUAUACUUUUACUGCCAAUCAGAGCACAAAAAAUGCAUUGGGCUUAACUACUGCAUUUAUUAAUCAUCCAUCAGGAAAAAUACUCACCAAGUAAUUUUAUUGUUCAACUUGUAAAAUUGGGGAAAAUUGUGUGAAAAUUCCCAAAAAUUAAAUGUGUCAAUAAAUAAGCAUUAUGUAUGUACAGUUACCUGAUGCUUCUUAUAAAUUAUAUUUAUGAGAAGUUAUAGUAUAUUUCUAUAAUAUUAUCAGUUAAUAUAUUUAUGAUUAAAAUAUUUUUAAAAUGUUACCCAUGUUUUUUCGGAUCAUUUCUGUACAGAAUCAAAUGUUGAUCUGCUAAUUAAAACAUUGUUUACAAAUAAUUGCUCUAUAAACUGUUUGGGCCAUUUUCCGUUAUUUCUAUCUUAUGUCAAAUUCUCUGUAAACGCUGCAUAUCAAUAAAAUCAGUAGAUCUUCCAUAAUUGGGCAUAAAAGUAGCUGAAUAGAAAAUAUUCCAUAUACGGUAGACUACUUCAGAUACUUUGAUGUGCUGGGAAGUUGAAAGUGCAAAAAAUAUGAAAAUAUGCCAAAUAUAAAAUGGUCAAUUGCUAUAUUUCUUAUGUUAGUAAUUGAAAAUUCAAUAAUCAAAGAUUUUCAUCUGUGUUAGGCUAGGCUAAGAGUAAACUACCAAUUAUAUUAAGUUGAAUGUAAAAUCUAUUUUUUUAGAUGUUCAAACUUAUCAAAACAUAACUUUAUUGAUCUUCUUGUGAAUUUGCAAUAUUAUUGUAAAAUUUUAAUUGAAGUCUUAUUUCCUGUCAGUUGGAAUUAUUCUGUAUGACGGAUAUAUGUUAAAAUAUUCGUAUUUACCAAAGUUCCAAUACAAAAUGAACAAUCUUUAUACCAAUUGAAAGGGAAACUUUCAAAAUGUUCCACCAUAAUUGCUUCAAGGUCGAUUCAUAUUAUACAGAGUUUGUAAAAAAUAUGGAAACCGCUCGAUAUUUCUUUUACAAGGAUAAUUUGACAGUAUGUUUCAUUGGGAAUCAUAUUUGAAUUAAAAACUACUCUUCUGUCCCUACAAAAUGUUGGUCCAUCAUACAUGAUUUCAGUACAGAAUUUCAAGAUGAAAUGAACGGUGAAAAUCCCACAUCGAUAUCUCAUACUGUUUCAAAGUUAUCCACUUUCAAAUAUACUGAUAAAUCUUACAAAAAUGAAAUAAAUGAGUACAUUAAUCUGACAGAUAAACUUUUUUGUUGAAAGUGUUAAAUAUUUGAGUGGAUGUUACUAUGAGUGUUUACUAACAUUUAUAAAAAAAGAAAUUUGAUACGAGUAGUUUGGAUUUUUUUAGAUUUUCAAUGUCAAAUUUUCCUUUUAAUAGAAAUAUCAAUCUGUUUUCAUAAUUGUCAUCAACUUUGCAUGCGUCGAUACUAGGGUGCGGUAAAUGAGCAGCUGCGACGCUAUCAUUCAGACUGUGCUCGUGAGACCGUUUGCUCUGCAAUUUAUUCAUUCCAUUGCAAUCACUUCUUUACUGUAUGGGUGGGAUAUUGGAUGCAAAGUAUCAGUAUUUUAUGUUUUGGAUAGAAGAGUUACGUUUAAAAUAGUUUCAAAAAUAGCCAGCUGCUGAGAACGUUAAUAUUUUUUUACUUCAAAAUAAUAAUUCAUUUUGACACUUGAUAAUGGGAUAAAUACCCGAAACUAGUAGUGUCUAAACAAAUAUUUAAAAAUUUCCAUUUCCAUUGUUAUGAAGAUUGUUCAUUUCGGAUUAAAACUCAAGUAAAUAAUAUAGAGUAUUAUAAUAAUGGGUAUAUCAUUUAUAAAAAGUGUACGGUAUUGUAACUGUGUAUCAUACUGAACGCUUAUUAAUGAAAGUUAUUCUUAUAACUCUUUUAAAAUGUUUGAUUAUAAUGAGAUUCAUUUGUUAGAACUCUUCAGAAUUAACAUAUUUUUAUAAUACUUUAUAGACCUAUAUUUUUACAAUCCAGUUGAACGUACCGACCAUAAAAACUGUAUAUUUUUGAAACUACAACAUUGUGAAAAAUACAUUUAUGCAAGUUA